AUGCAUUCGCUCAAGAUCCGCUGGUCGCCAGCAACGCCUUCAUGGCCAGCGGCAACCCCCCAGCCCAAGCACCCUCCAUUCGGCUACUUAUUGCUCCUCGUCUUCGAGGCCGUGCUGGAGGUCGUCUGUGUCUGCUUGCCCGGCUACAUUGUCGCCCAACAGGGCCUCUUCGACGCCGACGCCCAAAAGUUUGUCGCAAACCUGAACGUAAUGCUCUUCACCCCCUGUCUGAUUUUUGUCAAGUUGGGCUCCCAAUUGACCGCGGAGAAACUCACAGACCUGGCGAUCAUCCCGGUGAUCUUCAUUGUUCAGACCUUAGUCUCAUACUCUUGCGCCUGGGCUGUCACCAGAUGCUUUCACUUCAAGAAGCGCAAGUCGAACUUCGUUACGGCGAUGGCGGUCUUUGGCAACUCCAAUUCGCUGCCGAUCUCCCUGGUCGUUUCCCUAUCGCAGACCCUUCGAGGCUUGCACUGGGAUAGGAUACCACACGAUAACGACGAUGAAGUCGCAGCGCGAGGUAUCUUGUACUUACUCAUCUUCCAGCAGCUAGGUCAACUGGUACGUUGGAGUUGGGGAUACCGUGUUCUGCUAGCGCCAAAAGACCAAUACCUCGAGGAUUCUGACCAGAGCUCGAACGGUUCAUCCAUCAUUGAACAAGGCCAAGCACGAUAUACCGACAAUCCCGAACAAACAGAACCGGAUGAGCCACUCCUUCGCACGCGCAGCUCGGAUAGUUUACAUCGAGCUUCCAAUGGUCCAAUUCACGAUGAUGGCAAUUUCCAAUCAGGCGAUCAGACUCCGAUCUCGACACGCGCCUACUCAUACUCGAAGGUCUCAUCGGUUCAUUCCAGGGCCGCAUCAAUACACAGCGGCCUCGAUUCCGAUCUCUCGCCAAGAACGAUCGGUCCGCCACCCCGUGGACCAUUCCUACCGCGCCAAAGUACGGGAGAAGACAUGCUGUCAUUCCCCGACGUGGAAUCCACUGCGCGGGAAUUGCAAGCAUCAGAGGAAACACUUGUAGGCCGCUGGAAGGCAUCUUUCCGACGCCGCUGGCACGGUUUUCGCGAAUCAUGGGCGGCGAAGACCAACGCACUUUAUGAUCGUCUUCCACCAAAGACACAGAAGGGCCUAUCAGCUACAUCCCACGGCUUGGGCCGUUUCUUCCGUGGCGUAUGGAGUUUCAUGAACCCGCCUCUCUGGGCAAUGCUCGUCGCUAUCGUUGUCGCCUCGGUCCCAUCUUUACAACACCUAUUCUUCGACAAAGGCACUUUCAUUAGCAACUCCGUCACCAGCGCCAUUCAACAGAACUCCCAGGUAGCCGUCCCGCUCAUUUUGGUGGUUCUUGGGGCCAACCUAGCCAGAAACACACUCUCUGAAGAAGCCCUUGACGAUAUGGAACAUCCCGCCGAUGAACGCAAGCUCAUUAUUGCGGCGCUGAUUUCACGAAUGCUGCUACCGACUCUGAUCAUGGCACCGAUCAUCGCUCUCAUGGCAAAGUUUGUGCCGAUCAGCAUUCUCGACGACCCAAUUUUCAUCGUUGUUUGCUUCCUCAUUACUGGAGCCCCGUCGGCACUGCAAUUGGCCCAGAUCUGCCAAAUCAACAAUGUCUACAUCGGUGCCAUGUCUAAACUUCUUUUCCAGAGCUAUGUUGUCUGGAUCCUUCCCUCAACCCUUGUGCUGGUCGUCUGCGCCCUGGAGGUUCUUGAAUGGGCUGCCGCUUAG